AUGGCUGAGGGCAUCCUGGAAAGGGUUCUGGAUGCUUCAAAGCAUGGUGACUUGUACGGAGUCUUAGGAGUGAGCCCACUCAUCGGAGACCUGAUGUUGAACCGAGCUGUUAAGGCUGCCUAUAAGCACACUUGCAAGCAUGUCCACCCGGAUAAAUUUCAACAUGCAGAGGCCCAUCGAGCUCAGCAGGUGGUAAACGACGCCUGGACGAAGCUGUCAAACCCAGUCUUCAAAUCGGACUAUGACAGGAUGUUCAGGGACAAGCUCGUGAACAUCCAGAAGAAGGCUAGCAAAGUGGCUGCGAAAAAGAAGGUCAUGGCCACCAUCCAGAAGAGUCAGAACAACCAUCUGGCUCAAUCCAAAGCUCAACCCAAGAAGAAGGCCAAACAGGUUGAGAAGCCAGAUGAAAAGAACACAGCGGCAGAGAAAGCCACUGAGGAGCCCAGCGUGCAGCCUUCCAAAUCAGAGGAAGACAACAAGACAUGGCAGGUGAGCGGCUACACCCUUCGCAAGCAGAAAACCUGCAUCUCGGUGAAGCUUGCGUAUUGGCUCACCAGAAAGUUCAACUUUUCAGAAUGGCACGAUGAAACCAUUGCCACCCAGAUUGCUGAGGAGUUUGCGAAACAAGUGCUCAAGAUGUUGAUACGGUUUGACUACUUGAGCACAAAAAAGGACAAAAUGGCCUUCCUAGAGGAGAAUGGCUUGCCUGCGAUGCCCAGCAAGACGACUAUUGCCCAACUGCGUGAUGAUUUGGAGAAGGUCAUGGCAGCUGGAAAAUUCAAACUCAUUGAGGAUCACCUGCGGUCUACAUUCAGAAAGGCUAUCGGAGCAACCACUGUCGGUGAAGCUUCAGAGCCAUCACAAGGUAUCACCUUUAACAAGGCGAAAGGUGUCUUCCAGGCUUGUGUCAAGCUCUCGGACCAAUCUUUUGUGAAAGAGUUUAAGCUGAAGGAAGACGCUCAACACUGGGUAGAUUUGCUCACAUCUUUAGACAACAAGAAGCUUUUGAAGGGGCAUUUUUCUACAAUGAAAGAGGCGGCUGCCACCAGAAAAGCCACGCAGGAGGCAUACGAGAAGAUUAUGUCCUCCAAACAAGUGUUCACUCCAGAGAGCUCUAAAGCUUGGCAGCGGACUUCCUCUGAAGGAAAGGAUGUGUGGAAUUCUAUGUUCAGCAAAUAUGCUGCAAAAGAGGCAACAUUGCCAGGCGCAUUUGUCCGACUACCACAAAACUCCAUGGACAAACUCAAAGAGCUUGGGUUCGAUCAUGAGAUCUUCGGAGAACUGUUUGGAUGGAAGCACAAAUCUCUGGGCUGGCGAGCGACAAACAUACUCACACACACAGGAGAUGCAGAAGACAUUUUCAGCAACGAAACUCAAGCAGGCAUGAACUUGAGUCAUUUGGGCUUCAUUAGAUGCAAACCAGUUGAUCAGCCACCCGACUUGCUGGAAGACGACAAAGCCAAGAUUGUUCGACACCUGGAGCACCAGCCUAAAAUAUUGGUCAUCAUCGUGACAUACCCAAUCAAGGUUGGAACUGCACGAGCAUGGGAAGCUCAAACAUCAUCUACUGGACUGAAGCUGGAUGAAGUUGAAGUUGAGUACAUAUCCAGACGUGUCCAGGGUGAGCAAUUCCUGGUGACUGCUUUGCAGCCAAAUGCCAAGAUUCCUUUGGGUGACCUGAUGACCCGCUGCUUUGAAAAGCACCUGCUUGAGAAUUCCGGCUCUGAACCGUCUCCUUUGUCCAGCUUCAAGAGGAUCCCAGUUCUGGGAGAUGGACUGUGCUUUUGGCAUUGCAUUCUGAGAUCUACACUUCCUCGAACCUACAAUGUUCAGAGUCAAGAAGCUGACGUACCGCCUGAUGCACUCUAUGGGAAAAAGGAUGUCCCUUCACCCCUGGGCCAUUUGUACUACAGAUGGCUUCUGGAUGAAAAUGGGAAGAGGAUCGCAGGGCAUUUUGACCUGUUGCUUCAUCAAGAUGGUGCCCACAUCAAGCUCCCAGCCCAUGCGCCCGUGCACUUCCUCGAGCGUAAUGGUGCUGGAUAUGGUCGCCGUGGCGUGGAGGGGAGUUCUGAACAAGUUCAUUGUGAACCAGCUCCAGAUCUUUCCAAACCGGUUGGCAAUGACCAGACAGAGAGAAGUGUGCCUGAACCGGAUGACCCUCACGCGAGUUUGCCACAGGAAGAGUCUAAUCCUGUCACUUCGGGAGAACCUGAGUCCUACACCACCACAGAAGCUGCAAGCAAACCGAGCCCUGACUUCCAGAGUGUUGGAAGUGCAGACAGCCUACCGAAUGCAGAGGAUGGGAUUUGGAAACAUGUAUUCCAUGAAUUUCAGACUUUCUUCAGAAACUUUCGGAAGGAGAUGCCCUUUGUCGCUUCAAGUGAGCCAACCUUGGAUGCUUUACAACGUUGCGAGAAGAUCUUGCAUGUCCAUGCCCAUUGGUCAAACCUGAUAUUCCAGGGGAAGAAGGUGUGGGAGUUGAGGAAUCAGCCAUGGAGCUUCUGUGGAGUUUGCGGAUUGUGGAAUGAUUCUAAAGUUUGUGGCACAGUUCGAAUAACAAAGUGCUUCCUCAUUGCUUUGCGGAAUGAUGAUGGGGAUUGGGAACCCUAUGACCUUACAAAGGAGGCUGCCAACAACUUCGCCUUUCACAAGCCCAACAUGGCCAAGCACCAAGUACCUUUUGAGACUUUGAAAGAGCUUGCGCAAUCCUGGAGCCGGAUGUACGCAUGGGAGCUAGAAGAUCCACACAAAUUUGAGACACCUGUUCCAGUACAAAUCAAGAAAGGCUGCCAACGAGUACAGAAUAUGGACAAGGAGACCUGGGCUUGUGUGUGGAGCAGCUUUGAAGCAAGCAAAGUCUCACAUUCAGGAAAGCCGGCAUGUCCAGAACAAUCUGCUCAACCUGAAUUCCUCACAGUUCUUGGCAUGAGCUACGCCGAGUCGUCUCAGCUACUAGAGGAUGAAUCUGACAUCACUCUGAUCCUCAAGAGCUGUAGGCCACAAGACAUUGAUACGGGUUGCGUGCAUGUGGCCGUGUGCACAAAAGGUGUGGUCUUCAUUGUUGGCACUUUUAUCUUGCAGGGGCUGGAGCAGCUCAAAUCAAAGACAUGUCUACAAAAUUUGGAGAGAGCAGGCUACAAACUGAAUGUUGCCCAAUCCAAGAGGCAACUCACUGCACUUGGAGAGGGCAAUCCAGUCUGGGCGUGGAUGAUUGGGAAGAAGCAGCUUCUGCAACCUCCUUUGACAUGGAAGAGCGAAGCUUGGGCAAUGCUUGGGUUCAAUAUUGUCUAA